AUGCCUUCUUUACUAGACCUAGAAGACGAGACCAUAAGAGCCAUCAGUCGAUAUACCAAUAAAGACACUUACAUUCCCAUACCAUCUUAUGGACCGCAUUACCAACACUUCAAGUCUGAAAUCAACUCAAGAGUCAGUCGAGACCUGCUGUCGUUCAGAAGUACCUGUAAGAGAAUCCAUAGUCUCAGUGGAUUGGACGGAUUACAUGUCAAGGCUACUCAGGGAACAAAGACAGCUAAAUGGAUGAGUGAAGCACCUAGGGAGGUAGAACAAGGGGUCAGACGACUUGAAAUAUGUGCUCCAUUCCUUACAGGUUCCGAUCUAAUCAGUACUUUUUCAGCUCUCAUAAUGUUCUUACAUCGAUUCGAAGACUUGGAAGAAUUGAUCAUCGGGAAUAAUCCAAAUAUAUCAUGUUAUCACUUACACGGCUACACUACCAGUCCAGAUCAAUUACCUGGAAUGCUCAAAUUACCUUUAUUCCCCUUCUUACCCAAACUCACCUCAUUAUCUGUCGAAGUAGCUUGUCCAUCAUGCGCUGAACAAAUUCCAAAAAUACUAGUCCCUGCUGCACCGAAUAUUCAACAUCUCAAACUCGCCGUUUAUGGUCUACCCAAACCAUUACCUCUUGGUCAAUUCACUGAUGCUGACCCAUGGGAUGAGAGUCCAGAUCCUUCAGAGGUUAUACGGGAUAUGGUGACAAUGUGGUGCAAAAAGAAUCAGAAGGAUACCAUUGGUCUGAAGACUUUGUAUAUGAGGUAUUGGCCUAGACCUGAUGAACGAACUCGUGAUCGAUAUAGAUCGACCUUUAAAAGAGCCUCAGAGGCGAUACCAAGCCUUGAAGAGUUCAGGGUUGCUGAAUUCAACGGUAUCACGGGAAAUCUAAAAAGUGGGAUUAGUGUCAAAGCAGAAUUUAUCCACGAUAUAUGGACAUUUGAAUGCGAUGCGACAACAGAUGAAGGCGACGAAUCUCGAUGUUGCUCGUUGGAAGAAACACUUGUAGCUUUGUCGAUGCCACCGAAGAUUAAGAUAUUUGAUCCAAUCUUCGUACUCAAUCUUCCGCUCAAACGACCUACAGUUCCCAUCGCGUCCACCGGACACACGCGCUCGUCGUACUUAGCCAGCCGAUCAACAACCCACAGACCAACUUUGGAGGAGGUCAAAUCAUACGAGAACACCUGUAGAGAUGUCUUCGAAGCCGCGGCUCAGACCAUGGUUGACACAGUACCAUCUUUGGAAGAGGGAUAUUUUUGGGAGAAGGGUACAGAAAUCUCAAAGAAAGAUUGGUAUCUUUGGAAGUGGAAGAAGGUGAUCGUCAAUGGGGCAUCUCAAGUUGAAGUUGACCAGUUUCCGGAGAUGAUGUCAAGCGACUUUAUCUCUGGUAAGCCUCGUGAACCUAACAGAUUUCCCAGGAUCUCGCAUACUCCAAGUGGCAUACCAAUGCCCAUGGACGACGAUGACAAUGACUCUGAAAGGGACGAAGGAGAAGCCGAGGUUGAUCUGGCAAUACAAAUGACGAUGGGCUUCGACGAUGAGGACUUGAUGCUAUUCGGACCUCAUUUGAACAUUUGA